UCAGAAUAAAUGAUUUAUUUCAGUAUUUUAAAUUUCUUAUUAAAUUAGUUGUCUGACUCUGUCAACAAUUGACUUUCAUGUGGUCAUAGUUGAACUGUUUAGGUGGCAAAGCUUUUAAAAUUGGUAAAAAUGAUUCGAAAAUCAUCAGUUUUCAUAUUUUAUAUAAUUAGCCUUGAUUUAAUGACAUCAUAUAUUUUCGCACGUGAUCACUGCAUAUUCCAUUUUUCUGAGUGUGAUCCUGAUUCUAAACAACCCUGCUGUGAACCCUAUCAGUGUUUGCUGGGGCAAACUGAAUUUGUACAGCGGGGCAUUUCACGAUUUUUAUGCGCGAAAAACGUCCUUGUAAUAGAUUUGUGGAUUGCUUGCCGAUUGCUAACGCUAAAUGUUCGGAAAAUAAUACAUGUGUUUGUCAGUUUGCUUCUUAUGAAUACAACAACACGAUUUGUUUGAAUAAAAACGUAUAUGGAGCAUUAAAAUCUGAGUUUAAUAUGUAUUAUCGCAGCACAACUAAUGGAAGAUUCCGCCUGAAAGAGAACUUUACUUCGGAAUCUGGUCUUCAUAGAGAAUCAAAAACAAAAUGGGGUGAUCCGUGUACCAUGUGUUUGAUCGAUGUUCCCAACGGUCUCUUCUGCGACAUUGAAAAUCGGGUGGACUUUGAUUCUACAUUCUUUUUCCAAGAAUGUAAGUGUCCAAAACUAACAAAGUUUAACGAAAGCAGUUUAUCUUGUGAAAAACCAGAAUUUAAUGAUUGCUCCAGUGAUGAGGAUUGUAGCCAUCUCAAUUAUGCUUCAUGUUCUGGAGGUAAAUGUAGUUGUUUACAAAAUUAUCAACCCGUAAACGGACGGUGUUUGGGAAAUCUCGGCGCAACUUGUAACCAUGAUAUUGAUUGCCGUACUUUUAAUGCAAUCUGUCAAUCCAGCAGUUGUCAAUGUGAAUAUGGCUAUUAUGAAACAUAUGGUUUGUGCAGAAAGUACGCGGAAAAAGUAGGAGGGGAAUGUCGCACCAAUAAGACUUGUGAGCUCCUCGAUCAUACUUCAUGUUCUAAAUACAAAUGCCGUUGCUUACCUAGUUAUCAAAAUGUCAACGGAACUUGCCGUACUGUUGAGAAACACACUUGUCAAGUCGAUCACUAUCAUGAAAACGGACACUGCUAUGCGUACGCGAAAAGGCUGAACGAUCAAUGCUUCAGCGAAAAAGCUUGUAAACGCCUAAAUCUUACCUCAUGUCUUAGUGGUCGAUGUAACUGUUCCAAGUUCAAUAUCAUUUGCAAGGUGUUAAACGUAUGGAGUUAUUUUGUUUGAUUAUGCAGAUCUUUCCAGUUCAACUGGAGCCAAGAGCAGUGAGCAGUUUUCUUGCAGAAAAAUCAUUUCCAUUACCAUUGUCUGUCCCUACAUUUUUUCUAGAAUUUUAUGUUUUCAAGCAUUGAAAUUAUAGACAUAUCCGUUCUAUCAUUCUCAUCAUUAAUAACCAUUGAAUUACUAUAAGUACUGUCAGUAAAUACUCAUUAUAAACACGAAUAUUACUAAGUUAGUAUAUCUCUGUAUCACCUGAUAUUUUUUCCGCUACCUUAUCAAAAUGUUAGGCAUGAUAUUCUGAUCAUAAAUAUUGAUUAUUGAUCAUAAGUGUAAAUAGUAAAAUUUUUUUUUAUGAUUUACCAAAAUAUCAAUAUUUGAGAUUACGUAGGUGAAAUCGUGUUUUUUUGUUCAGCCUCUUAGAGAGUUAAAGUAUACAAAUAUUGCGUGUGAAACGCCGAAAGAGCGUAUAUAAAACUAUAAACCCUUUUGGCUAUAGAAACUUAAACAUUUUGUGAAAAGGGCGUAAAAAAAUUUUCUUUCUAAUCGCCUGUCAAACAUAUUCUCAAGCUGAAAAAUGAAAAAAAAUGUCGAAGUUCAUAAAGCGUAAUGUUCAUUUAAACGAAUAUUAUUACAAGAAAAAUGUUCACAUGUUUUAAUGCUUCACAAAAUAAAUUAUAAUUUUAAUUGAAAUUGAAGAAACUAUGAAAUACUAUUCGCUUCUAAAAUAUAUUUUAUCGCAUAGUAAUCAUUUUUCAAAUCUUUCAAACUUUUUGAGUUUUUUAUGUUACAAGCAUUUCAAGAAGUUCAAUUUUUCUUUAUUUGAAUCACACAAAAUAGCUUUAGAAAGAGUAUAUAAAAAAGUUAGGUGAUUUUAAACAAUUCAUGUAAGGAAAAUUUUUGUGGAAGGAAAAUAAAAAAUCAAAUUACACGAAUUUUUUUUCAUUUUCAUUAAAAU